GCUCAAAAUUUAUUCUUUACCUGUAUGUUUUCAUAUCUCUUCCCUUAGUUUUUUUGUUGUUGUUAUAAUCUCCCUGGUAAUAUCCGACUCAUUUGUAACUUCCUUUAUCUGUGCCCUGUUGUUUUUAGAAUUGCCAUGGGUUUGUCGACUUCAUUAGUUUUCAAAGGACAGAUUGCUACCUUUUCUGAUUCUGUUUAUUAGUUUUUUAAAGUAUCAUUAAUUUUGCCUCAUUUUCACUUUUCUUUCUAACCCUUUAUGCUAUUCUUUUCCCGACUUUGUUAGGGCUGUAGUCAGUAGUUAACCUAUUGAUACUGAUAUUUUUCUUCUCUGGGAAUUGAUGGUAUUUAUAAGUAUAAAAAUAUACCUACCACACCAGCUAUGGAUUUCCAUUGUUAUCUGAAACAGUUAUUUUAAUUUUCUGCUUCUAUCCUGCCAUAUAGUAGCACUGAUUCCCUAAGAUAAGUAUAUGUGCAUCUCCUUAUUCCUGCAAUGCACUGCAUUUUUAUAUAGCGUAUACCACUACUUGAUAUUUUGCUAUCAUAAUUUACUGCCCUCCCUUAAAAUAAUUAUGAAGUCCAUGUACUUCAGUAUUUUUCUGUUUUGUUCAGUGCCGCAUCUCCUGUGACUGCAUGUGAUAGGAUCAGGGGAAAUAUUACAUAAACAAAUACGCAAUGAAAGAGCAGGCAGUAGGGGCCUUAAGAGAAGCAUCCUUGCUCAAAGAUAAAACCUUUGAAUAGACUACUUCAUUUGUCUACUCUGCACAGUGUGUCCAACAGGGUUCUAGGCCAGUCCCUGGUAAUGUUAGGGAAUAAGGGCCUCUCAAACAACGAGGUUGUAAGAUAUACGUUCAGAAAUAUAUUCAUUGGCCAUUUGGACUUGAGAUAAAUAGACCUGCAUACACACCCUGAGAAGGCAGCUUUCUAACUGGGUAACAUUGAGUACGUGGUUAGUGGUUAAUUGACUCUAAGAUUUCUCAGCUAUAAAUUAGUUGUAAUAAUAUCUGAUUUGCAGAGUUUCUAUGAAAUAGAAAUAAUUUCUUUGCAAAGAUGUGGGCAUCUCUUUUCCAAGUCUCACAUCAUGCUUGCUCGCAUGGAACAUAUUAUUAAUACAGUCUGUGGUUGACUAUUUAGUACUGCUGUGGAAGAAACAGUUGUGUUUUCAUUAUUGGAAAUUUGUAAAGCAGCCCUGUAGACAUUACUAUCAGAGAUGACACACCUUCCUCAUUUCACUUAAGUAUUAUUUUCUGCUUCUGUACAGGCAGCAUUUAGCAUGAGGAUGAUAGCAUGGGAGUCUUCUCUGCUUCCUUGUGUGGAAUUUCGUUAGUUGAUUCUCUCGUAAACCAGGUUUCAGGGAUCCUGCAGCCUAUGGGAGGGAAGGUCCAUUGAUCAGGGGCUGAGCAGGAAUGCCUGUUAGCUUGCCAAGGGGUUCAGAAGUAAGGAAUAUUGGGAACGGAGCACCCAGAAGUCUGGUAUAUUAGUCAGUGCUUUCUUGGAUUUGAGACAGAGUGUAUAUUCUCAGGAAUAUAAGAAUUUCAGGUUGUAGGUUUUGCUUGGAACUUUUUAUGCUUUUCAUUAUUAUGGGCAAAUUGAUUUUAGUGUUAGCUAAGUUUUUAGAGUUCAGUUAACUUACCUGUAAAAUGGGACUAUCGAAGGUAUUAACCUUUAAAAAAAAAAGGCCAACAAGAACCAGAGCAGUUUCUAGCUCUACACGAGCUAUAACUUCUCCAUCGUCUGCCUUUCUUCAUGAAUGGACGAAGAAAGAAGAGCUGCUGAGUCACAGGAAAACAUGACACAGGACUCAGUGGUCUUUGAGGAUGUUGCCGUGGACUUCAGCCAGGAGGAGUGGGCUUUGCUGGAUUGUGCUCAGAGAAGCCUCUACAGAGAGGUGAUGCUGGAGAACUUCCGGAACCUGGCCUCACUCGGGUAUCCACUACAAACACCUUGUCUGAUCUCCCAAUGGAAACAAGAGGAGGACCUGGAGAUAUCAAAGAGAGGGACUAUCCAUAGGGAGCCCCAGGAAGGCAAGAAUUCUUGUUUGAAGACUCAAUUUAAAAGUAAUAAAUCAGUCACUUCACAAGACAUUUAUGAAGAAAAAUCAUCCAAUCAACAGAGAAUAGAAAGAUUCAAAAAAAAUGAUUUCUGGUCAUCCAUUUUAUACAAAAACUGGGAAUACCAUUGCAUUGAUUAUAAAAACAAAAACCCCAAAAGACUUUUGAGAAGUAAUGUGGUGGAGGACAUCUAUGAACGUAAUGAAGAAAAUCAGUGUGGACAAACCUUCUGCCAAAUUUCAAAUCUUAAUAUGCCCAAAAGAACUACUGAGAUAAAAUCCUAUGAAUGCCAUGAAUGCAAAAAGGUCUUCACAGAUCAUUUAUCCCUUAAGAAUCACAUCGGCUCUCACACUGGAAGCAAACCCUAUCAGUGUAAGGAAUGUGGGAAAGCUUUCUAUUUUCGCGCUUGUUUCAAGAAGCAUAUGAAAAAUCCAACAGAAGAGAAACCCUACACAUGUAAGGAGUGUACCAAAGCCUUCGGCUGUUCUUCAUUCUACAGGGCACAUAUGAAGAUUCACAUGGGAAAGACAAACUAUGAAUGCGAGGAAUGUGGAAAACACUUUAGCUGUUCUUCAUCCCUCACAGAACACAAAAGAAUCCAUAGUGGAGAUAAGCCUUAUGAAUGUAAGGAAUGUGGGAAGGCUUUUAGUUGUUCCUCCUCACUCUCCAAACACAAAAGAAUUCAUAGUGGAGAUAAGCCAUAUGAAUGUAAGGAAUGUGGGAAGGCCUUUAGUUCUUCCUCUCACCUUAUAAUACAUAUAAGAAUUCAUACUGGAGAGAAGCCUUACGAAUGUAAAGAGUGUGGAAAGGCCUUUAGUGAAUCCUCAAAACUCACUGUACAUGUCAGAACACAUACAGGAGAGAAACCUUAUAAAUGUAAGGAAUGUGGGAAGGCCUACAAUUGUCCCUCCUCCUUAAGUAUCCAUAUGAGAAAACAUACUGGAGAGAAACCCUAUGAAUGUCUGGAAUGUGGAAAAGCCUUCUAUCUUUUAACUUCCCUUAAUACACAUGUGAAAAAUCAAAGUAGAGAGAAACCGUAUGAGUGUAAGGAAUGUGGAAAAGCCUUUAGUUGUCCCUCAUCCUUUAGAGCACAUGUGAGAGAUCAUAUUGGAAAGAUACAAUACGAAUGUAAGGAAUGUGGGAAGGCCUUUAGUCGUUCCUCAUCCCUCACUGAACACUUGAGAACUCACAGUGGAGAGAAGCCUUAUGAAUGUAAAGAAUGUGGGAAAGCCUUUAUUAGUUCCUCCCACCUUACAGUACAUGUAAGAACUCACACUGGAGAGAAACCUUAUGAAUGUAAAAAAUGUGGAAAAGCCUUUAUUUAUCCUUCAGCUCUUAGGAUUCAUAUGAGAACGCACACUGGGGAGAAACCCUAUGAAUGUAAGGAAUGUGGGAAAACCUUUCGUCAUUCUUCAUACCUAACUGUACAUGCCAGAAUGCACACUGGAGAAAAACCGUUUGAGUGUCUAGAAUGUGGCAAAGCCUUUAGUUGUCCCUCAUCCUUUCGAAGACAUGUAAGAAGCCACACUGGAGAGAAACCAUAUGAAUGUAAAGAAUGUGGGAAAGCCUUUGUCUGCCCUGCCUACUUUCGAAGACAUGUAAAAACUCACACUAGAGAAAACAUAAAUGUAAGCCGUAUGGGAAUGUCUGCAAAGCUUUUGAAAUCUUAGGCAACAUAUGAGAUCUCACACUGUAGAAACUUCCUCUAAGAAAGAAAAUUAUUGCUCAUAUUCAUGAAGACUUGAGAAUUUACACCUGAGUGAAAACCUUUGUAAACCAUGUGGUAUUGCCUUCAUGAAUAUCACAUUUUAUUGGUCAAAAUUCAUAAGAAGUCUAUAAGAAAAUUCAUACUAGACUCAAAGAUCAGUGGCUUACCCUUAAAGUGGAAUAUAGUUCACUGAUUUCUGGUUUUUAGUUAAUUAAAUUUAAAAAAAAAUUAUUUAUUGAUUUUAGAGGCAGGAACAGAGAAAUAUUGAUUUGAGAAGGAGAGAGAGAGAGAGAGAGAGCGCAAUUUGUUAUAUUUAUUUAUGUAUCCAUUUUUUGAUUCUUGUAGAUACCUUGACUGGGGAUUGGACCCACAACUUUGAGGUAUCAGGACAGAGAAAGAGAGAGAGAUCAAUUUGUUCUAUUUAUUUCUGUAUCCAUUAUUUGAUUCUUGUAGGUACCCUGACUGGGGAUUGAACUCACAACCUUGAGGUAUCAGGACAAUGUUCUAACCAGCUGAGCUACCUGGCCAGGGUUCUGAUUUUAAUUUUCUGAUAUGAAUAUUUAGGGUGAUAAAUAUCCUUCCAAUACCUUUUAGCUCUAAUAUGUUUUAUUCUGAGUUGCUUUUAUUUUGAUUCAGAUGUAAAUAUUUUCAUUACUAAGUAUUUUUUCACAUGCAGACAACAGUGAUCCUUUUUAAACAAAAAAUUAGUUUCUGAUAAACUAUCAUUCUCUAAGUGUGCAGUGAUUAUGGUAUGGACUCUUGUAUUUGUAAUUUCUUUUAUAACUUUCUUUUGUAAUUGGUAGUUUCAUUUUGAACUAGUACAACAAAUACUGGAGAUUGCCUUUUCAAUAUUUCCCCCUUUUUAAUAAAAAACUACUGUUUGUGAAGUUAUCAAUUCAAAGGCUUUUCUGUCUCAUAAGUAAUUUCAGCAUAAAUUAAUAAGUGUGAAGGUAUUGAAAGAAAUGUCUCAUCUGAUAUGUAGUUUUUGUAUUUUGUUCUUUGUUUUUGCUCAUGACUGGGAAUUGGACCCAAUGUUUCCAGAAUAAAAAAGAUCUUGUGAGAAGAAAGCUUGAAUCAAAGCUGGUUGGGUUGGUUUCUGUGUGUUAAUUUGGGCAUGGCUGGGAGUUCAUUUCCCAGAAUCACUUCCUUAUGCAGUUUCAGGUUAGAGUUGUCUAAAAUAGUUUAAGAAUUAGAAAGCAGAGGAUAAAAUCUCUUAUUUUCAUUUUAGUGGGACCGUGAGACAGGGAGAUAGAUGCAUAGGUGCCUGUGGGCUCCAGUUUCCAGUCAUUUUCCUAAUUAUUGGUCUUACCAACCAAUAUUGGUUCAAAUGGAAUAGUGAGUGCUUAAGUUACCUAACAAGCAGCAGUUCCAUGAACAUCUCUGUAAGUUUCACUAUCAUGGCUGUACACAGCCUCUUAGAUUUUGGGGCAAGUUUUAGCAUUAUCAUUUUGCUUAUUUAUUGCCAUCCUCUGGCACAUCAACUUAUUAUAUAGAGGUGGCCCCAGACUGUUAUCUCUGUAGUCCAGUCCCAUUAAGUCACUCUGCCCAAAGGGAAAGAUUCAUGUAUGUAAGUUGAUUGUGAUCUCAAAACAAGAAGACUAACCACAGUUUUGACUUUUAUUACAAUUUAUUAGGAUUGCUUGUUCUUGAUCUUUAUAUAUAUGUUAAAAUACAAUUAUGUACAGUUAGGUGUUUGGCUUUUCUCAA